AUGGCCAGCGAAGUGCAAUUACUCAAGCUAAACGUAGGCGGAAAGCUCUUUCUCAUCAAUUACGAUACAAUAAAGAAGUCGAGCGUCUUGUUAGACAAGUACAAAAAGAAGCAAGCACAGACUCAUCACAGCAAUGCCGGUAUUAGUGUAAUUAACGAAAACAAGCCCCCAGUAUUGGAGAUCUUCAUUGAUAGGAAUGGCGAGAUAUUUCAAGACAUUUUGGAAUACUGGAGAUCACAAAAGAUCUAUUCUAAGACUGAAGAAGGAUUGAGAAAGCUGAGACAUGAAGCUGAUUACUUCGACAUUCAAGACUUAGUACGGGAAGUAAACGACUUACUUGAACGAUAUGACAAUGAUGAUGACGACUAUGAUUAUCAAGUCAUUCAGCAUCCAUUCAAUUGCAACUACCUGAUCGUACCAAGCCAAGGCGAUUUGAAGCCAUUCCAAGAGAAUGAUUCCAUUGUCACUGGAUACAAGUACUGUUUGUCUCGUAAUGUCUACGAAUCCAAGCUGGUGGUCAAACGUCCUCGCAAGAAAUGUAAACUUGCUCAAAACUAG